CCUUGUUGACUCCUUGACGCCUCCGGCUCCGCUCCCCACUGCCAUCUCAUGAGCAAGUCCUUUUCAGGCUUUUCUCCCACAUCCUUCUGACAUGUGUAUAAGUAUGGUCCAGUUCCCACGAGGCCUUCCCUUUCCCCGGUUUUGAUUCCCCAUCCCGCAUCACUAUCCUUCCUGUGGCCGAGCCUCACACUUUGUCUUUUCAGACAGCAGCAUUCAUUUCACAUACACACGAAGCUUUUCACUCCUUUGAAAGCUUUCAUCCACUCAACGGCCCCGGUCCGUUCAGAAUCAAACUCACAAACCAAGCUCGAGUCCAUCACCACAACACCCAUCAAGGGCAACUCAGUUCUCAAGAUUUAGCUAGACGCUUAUCCUAGAACCAUCUUCAAACCAUCUUGAACCUGUACAACCGUUGUUGACAACGUUUACGGGACUCUUUCAAACAACUCACAUUCAACUCACCGAACCACGCUCCGGCACUUACACACUCUCACAAACAAAUCCCCUUUCCACAACUCAAAAUGCAGUUCAACCUUCUCACCCUCCUCGGCUCGGCCGCUCUCGUUGCCGCCAACACCGUCACCUUCAAGUCUCUGGACGACGUUUCCCGCACCGUCCACUUCACCCCCAACUCCGGUCUCGCCUCUGUUGACUCCGUCGAGGUCCCCGCCGGCGGCGAGGUCAAGGUCAACAUCCCCACCUCCUGGAUCGGCAACUGGUACUCCGUCUCUGAGGGCUCUGAGAAUGUCGCCGGUAUGCUCGGCGAGGUUGCCUUCAACGGCUGGAACGGCCUGACCUACUUUGAUGUCUCCGCCAUUGUCAACCCCAACGACCACAACGGCGUCAAGAAGAUGUGGCCCGCCAGCGGCGAUGAGCCCGUCUCCGGCUGCGACUGGUGGCCCUGCAACAACGCCUACUACCUCCCCGACGAUGUUCAGACCAAGGUCACCUCCGAGACCGACCUCAUCUGCACCCUGGGCAACAACGGCGUCACCUCUCGCCGCGACAUUGACGACCACCACGAGUCCCCCAACUACAAGCGUGACUUUGUCAUCAGCAACUAAGCUUUCUCUUCGGGAACACAAAAACCGAUCUUUGCCUUCCUUUCUUGGCUACGUUUAGAAGAAGAGGAGUUUUGGCCGCGGCGUCGAUGAAUAGUCAUCGGCUAACCGCGCGCGCUCGCGCUGUGCGCUUACGACUUUAUGACCCCUAACAAUGACAACGGACUCUUCUUUUACAGAAGACCUCCAACAUCAUCUGUUAUUUUCAAUUGCAAAAAAAGAGAUACCCCAUCACAAGAAGCGCGGCUACGCGUGUGGGCUUAGCGGGGGAUCAGGGGAGGUCAAGUUUCUUUGGGAUAUAGAGUCAUUUUUUUGGAAACCCUUUUCAACCCGGGGCGUACGGUCAAACAGAGAGAACGGAGCAAUUGGAGCAAUCUAGGCGUUUCCCCUCUAUUUUCCCCCGCGAGAGAGACCUAUCUCGUCUUCGAUAUCUCAUCCAUUCACGAAAGAUGAGGUCUCGUGGCCAGGUCUCGUUCUUGUCUGGCUUCACUUACACAACUUUUUGGGGUAACUCAUCCCUCACCAGUUGUGGAGGCCGACAAAACUAUUCUAGUCGCUCCUUCAGACACACGUUUAGAAAUCUUUCUUGUUUGUUGUACAACCAACAACAACAGUUUCUUGUAUUUACUAGGGCAGAGAGUUCCGCCAGAAAGAAAAACAAAUCAAAAACGUUUGAGCGUCAAGUAAGAACAAAAAUAAAACAUUGUGACCGUUACCAACCGCGCCAACUUUUGCCAACCUAAUUACCUAGUUGCUGUUUUUUUGUCAGUUGCCCGGUUGGAGAACCCCC